AUGGAAGAAGUUAUAAAUAUUCUAAACACAAACCUCAACACAGUUGGCCUCAAUAUCUCCGCUUACAAAACACAUUUCCUCUACCUGAACAAGAGAGAAAUCAAACCAGAAGAAACUGAAAUCAAAAUAAUUAGGCUCUUAAACGCGUUCUCACCCCAGAAGUCCUUGGACGAGUUUCAGGACGUAUAUCUUGUGAUGGAGUUCAUAGAAGCGAAUUUUUGCCAAGUGAUUCAGAUGGAGUUGGACCACAAGCGCAUUUCGUAUUUACUUUACCAGAUUCUCUGUGGCAUCAAGCACUUGCAUUCCGCCGAAAUCAUACACAGGAACUUGAAGCCCAGCAACAUCGCAGUGAAGUCAGACUGCUCCUUGAAGAUAUUGGACUUUGGUCUGGCGAGAACGGUUGGCACGAACUUCAUGAUGACGCCCUACGUCGUCACGAGGUUCUACAGGGCGCCCGAAAUCAUUCUCGGUAUGGAUUACAAGGAGAACGUCGACAUCUGGUCGGUCGGCUGCAUUAUGGGCGAAAUGAUACAUGGCAGAGUCAUGUUCCCUGGCUCCAACUACGUUGAUCAGUGGAACAAAAUCAUUGAAAAUCUGGGAACUCCAGCGCCAGAAUUCAUACAGAAAUUGCAGCCAACUGUGAGGCAUUACGUGGAAAACCGACCGCAUUAUCGCGGCUACCCUUUCGAGUGGCUAUUUUCGGAUUCCCAUGUCCCCUCGGACUCAUCGGAACACAACGGGCUGACAACGAGCCAAGCCAGGGAUCUAUUGUCUCGUAUGCUGGUCAUCGAUCCAGAAAAACGUAUCUCCGUCGACGAUGCUCUACUUAAUAACUACAUAAGUCUUUGGUACGAACAGAGCGAAGUCAAUGCUCCCGCUCCUGGCACUUACGAUCAUAGCGUCGAUGAGAAAGAGCACACCGUCGACCAGUGGAAAGAGCUGAUCUACCAGGAGGUCAUGAAUUACGAGACUAUUCACAACACCACGUAUGUAUUGCAGUCCUCGCCCGACACAGCUGGCUCCAAGCAGACUCAAUACCAGGAGAUAUAUCUAGUCAGUACAUCACCUGCUCCAACACUUCAGAGUUAUGUGGCUGUUCCACCAUCUAGCCUGGUGCCGUUAGAGAAUUUUUGA